ACAUUAAUAAUUAUUAUGAUUAUAUAUAGCUUCCAAAUAACGCCGAACAAAAAGGAAAAGAAAGACUCAUAUUCGAAAAAAGAUCUUCGUCUUCUCUGCGUCUCCUUUCAGCAGUCUUUGACAUCGUCUUGAUUCAGCCAUGGCUAACGCGGCGUCGGGAAUGGCAGUCCAUGAUGACUGCAAGCUAAGGUUCCUGGAACUGAAGGCGAAGAGGACGCACCGUUUCAUUGUUUACAAGAUCGAGGAGAAGCAGAAGCAAGUGAUUGUUGAGAAAGUUGGUGAGCCUAUUCAAACCUACGAGGACUUUGCUGCGAGCCUCCCAGCUGAAGAGUGCCGAUACGCCAUUUAUGACUUCGACUUUGUCACUGCGGAGAAUUGCCAGAAGAGCAAGAUUUUCUUCAUUGCGUGGUGUCCUGACGUAGCAAAGGUGAGAAGCAAGAUGAUCUAUGCGAGCUCCAAGGACAGGUUCAAGCGUGAGCUUGAUGGAAUUCAAGUGGAGCUUCAAGCGACUGAUCCAACUGAGAUGGAUCUUGAUGUUUUCAAAAGCCGUGUCAAUUAAAAAACAAAUAUUCUCUCUCUCUCUCUCUCUCUCUUUGAAUAAGCUUCUUUGGCUCUUACAGUUUCCUGCGACUGUAUAAAAACAUAACGCCCUUUAUUCUAUCCUUAUCUGGUCUCGUCUUCUGCGUCGUUGUUACCGAACAGUGUUUUCAUCUUAUAUUGAAAGUUAUCCCAACGUUUGUGCUGUU